UCACUGACCGUAUCAAUCCGUUAACCGAAGAAACCUAACGUAAAGCAAUCUUCGUCUCCUCCUCCGUCUCACUGUGACUGGUCUCCAGGCUUCAUACUUUUUUUUGCAUUCGGUUUCCAAAAUCGCCUGAUCAAUAUGGAUGAGGAGGCAUCCCGGACUGCAAGAGAGUCGCUAGAGCUUGUGUUUCGCAUGUCAAACAUCUUGGACACGGGACUGGACCGGCAUACUUUGUCAGUCCUCAUAGCUCUCUGUGAUCUUGGUGUCAACCCUGAGGCUCUAGCUACUGUUGUGAAGGAGCUUCGGCGUGAGUCUAUUCCCGAUUCUGUCACAACCACACCAUCAUAAUAAUUCCUAAACCCUCUUCAGAAAUUUGUUUGGAGGAAUUGUAAUUUGUUUUAUUUGUAUGAUUUAGCUUUGUGGAUUAAUUAUAACUUCUUUUUA